AAACCGCAGAUCCUUCACUUGUGUUCACAGCUCUUCGCGAGACUACAGAAGAAAUUGGUAUUCGACCUGAAGAUAUCGACAUAUUAGGACAAUCAACACCAUUGCCAAAUAAAGAUAAAACCUUAAAAGUUUAUCCCUUUAUUGGGUUGAUUAAAAUUCCUUUCGAAAACGUUAGAAGUGAGGUUAAUUAUAAUGAGGAGGAAGUUCAAAAAGUUUUCACUGUAACAAUUGAGGAAUUGUUGAAUUCGGAAAAGAAACAGUGGAAGAAGCUUGGCAAUACCGAUUUUAUGUAUCCUAAGUUGACUAUACAGCCGUUAGGGACAGAGACGAAAACGUCUAUAGAUGGCAAUACUGACUACACCGUCGUUAGAAACAGAGAUGAAAACGCCUAUAAAUGGCAAUCCUACGGAAGUUGA